AUGGCCUCCCGCUACCCAAUGCCCAACGUCUACACCAAGGAAAAGAAGACCUCGUCGUCGUCGUCGUCGUCGUCGUCUUCCGCCUCGGACGUCGCCAAGUCUUUCCUCAACAGAUUCCAAUCAUACCCCGCCGUCGCGUCCUCCGCGUCCCGGUAUCCUCUUCCAACGGUCUACGCGGCACAGCCGUCGUCCAAGAGUGCUUCGCAGGGCAACCGGCAGCAGCAGCACGUGUCUGCGGGUCCUCGGUCUUCGGUGGAAUCGUGGGAUACCGUCGACCAGAUCAAGUACGAUCAGAUGCGGUCUUGA